AUGUCUUUCCAAAUUGGAAAGACUAUUAUCAGGCAAAAAAAACCCUAUUUUCCCUCCCCUCCCCUCCCCUCCCCCUGUUAAGUGGAUCUCUGGAACACAGCAUUAGGGUUGAGUAUCAUCAACCACGGGUCUCCGCCACAGAGUCACAGGCCUCCGCCCUCCGCCCUCCGCCCUUCGCCAUCUCCUACGCCACAGACCCACACCAGCUGAUUUAGGUUCUUUCGCCGUCACACCCAUCAGAUCUUUGAUUUUCAUCGCCAAUCACUUCAAAACAGUUCGAUUAAGAAGAAAUUUCACCUUCUGGCGAAAGUUGCAGAUUCAAUCUUUGUGAAUGAUUUGAAGAUACUCAUUGUUCUGCAGCAGCUUGACGCCAUCCUUUGCAAAUAUAUAAACUUGUCGACUGGUACUGGGAGGGAUUGAGAUUUUUGAGGUGUAAUGCACUAAAAAGGAGACGCCUUGUGUGCGUGCGAUAUUAGUCGUGUAAAGUAAUAGCAAGAUGGAUUUAGCAAACUAUGUUCCGAGUGCUUUCACGGGUUUGAUGAAGAAUGCAUCUGAAUUGAUCACAUUUGCAUAUGAUGUACCGUUUGCUCGGGCUGUUGUUUUCGGGGUGCCCAUUGGAGGCCAUCUGUUUGUAGAAGGUCUACUGUUAGUAGUUAUCAUAUUCUUACUAUCGCAGAAGAGUUACAAGCCACCUAAACGCCCUUUAACGACGAAGGAGAUUGAUGAACUAUGUGAUGAAUGGGUGCCCGAGUCUCUUAUACCAACUGUAACCGAAGAGAUGAAAAAGGAAGUUCCAGUACUGUUAAGUGCUGCAGGAACUCAUACAAUAAUCAACGGCAAAGAAGUGGUUAACUUUGCUUCAGCAAAUUACCUAGGCUUAAUGGGUCACGAGAAGUUACUUGAUUCAUGUACUUCCUCUCUAGAGAAAUAUGGUGUUGGUUCUUGUGGUCCCCGUCAAUUUUACGGAACCAUUGAUGUUCACCUUGACUGUGAAACGAGAAUAGCGGAGUUUUUGGGAACUCCUGAUUCCAUACUCUAUUCUUACGGACUCUCAACUAUGUUUAGCGCAAUUCCAGCAUUUUGUAAGAAAGGAGAUAUCAUUGUUGUAGAUGAAGGUGUGCACUGGGGGAUACAGAAUGGCUUAUACUUGUCAAGAAGCACAAUUGUAUACUUUAAGCACAACGACAUGCAAUCUUUACAAAGUACGCUUGUCAAAGUAACUCAAGACAACAAGCGAGCUAAGAAACUGAGACGCUACAUUGUUGUUGAAGCGGUAUACCAGAAUUCUGGUCAAAUUGCUCCACUUGAUGAGAUUAUCCAACUGAAGGAGAAGUACAAGUUUCGUGUUUUGUUAGAUGAAAGCAACUCUUUCGGUGUGCUUGGCAAAUCUGGUAGAGGUCUAACUGAACACUACGAUGUUCUGGUUGAUAAGAUAGAUAUAAUAACUGCUGCUAUGGGACAUGCAUUGGCCUCAGAAGGUGGGUUUUGCACCGGGAGUCACAGAGUUGUUGAUCACCAACGCCUCAGCAGCUCAGGCUAUGUGUUUUCUGCAUCUCUUCCCCCAUAUUUGGCAAGUGCUGCAGUUGCUGCUAUCGAUGUUAUAGAGGAAAACCCUCAACUCAUAACGAAGUUACGAGAUAAUUCCAAAUUAUUAAGUACAGGAUUGUUGGGAAUAAAAGGCCUGGAACUUGCAAAUGAUAUAAUGUCACCGCUUGUAUUCCUCCGACUUAAAAACUCCACUGGGUCAUUGAAGAGUGAUCUUCAAGUACUUGAAGAUCUUGCUGAUCGGGUAUUGAAGGAACACUCGGUUUUUGUAACAACUUCAAAAAGGUCGUUUGUUGAUAAAUGCAAUCUUCCUGUCGGGAUUAGGAUAUACGUCUCAGCUGCUCACACAGAAUCUGAUCUUCAGAAAGUAUGUGAAUCAUUGAAGAGCGUUGCCGCUUCAUUAUUCACGGAUUAAAUCUACUCGCUACGGUAUAACACCUCAUACAUGAACAAAUUGUGUGAAAGAAAAAUUUAAAGAAUUGUUUCUUCAUAUUUUUAGCCAUGUUUUAUUUGAUUUCUUGACAUGCUAGUUGGUUUUUGUUCAUAUGCCUUUGUUUUGUAAACUUUAAAAUUACAGACUUACAGUUAAUUUAUGUCAAUUUCAUA